UGGACGUUCACAGUUGCGGAGCGCGCGCAUGAGACUCUCCGCCGCCUCCGCUGGCACCUUAACAAACCCUGCACCCUGGAUGUUGCAGAGUUCAGUCGGGAAAGCUUCGAGCUUUGGUUUCGCCCCGCUUGCAACACGACAGAGCGUGUUGUUCGUCACAGGAAGCCGUGAGCUGCAUCGAGCUAGCGCUGCUAAACUGAGCCAAAAUGGACGGAGUCGCCGCAGCAUCUGCGGAAGACGGUGGAGCGGAGCCCAUCACCGGAGCCGCGGAACCAGCCGCCCGAACCGUGAAGCCGGUCACUGAAACCCAAGUCCUUCCGUCCACCAGUGGCCUUUGUGCUGAAGACGCCAGUGAGCUGGAAGAGAUGUUCUGCUGUGACGACUGUGGAGAGGUCUUCAACGAGGAGGCCGUCUUCAAGGAGCAUAUGCAGCACCACCAAGAAAACCGGGCUGGUCCGGAUGAGCUGGACACUUCCACUGUGACAGAAAAUCAGGGUGAACCUACGAACUUUUGCUCUGUGUGUUCGCUGUCUUUUGCUGAAGCAAGUGAAUUCCGCUCACACAUGGAGCAGAGCCACGGCCCGCCUCCCGAGGCCCCGGCCAUUUCACCUGUAAAAAACUUCCAAUGCCCGGACUGUGGCAAGUCCUACCACAAGUAUGGGUUCCUGCUCAACCACAUGCGGCUGCACGAUCAGGCUCCCAAGUCUAUGAUUUACGAUCUGGAACAUUUAAAGACCAAGUCAUUUAACUGCGAGACCUGUGGGCGGAGCUACUCCCGCGCCUCCGCUCUGGAUGCUCAUCGACGCUGUCACGAGACAAACUUAUUUAAAUCUAAACCCAAAGUAUCCAGAGGUAAAACCCCAAAUUUGGACUCGACGGCUGAAGAAAAGCCUGAUGUUGACCUCAAACACAAGAAAGCGAAAGAAGCAAACACAGACGAUGACACGACAUUUGAGUGUACGUGUGGCAAGUCGUUCAGCUCCCAAAUGGGACUGAAAACGCACCAACGAUUCAGCCAGAACGCGCAGUGCUCGCCGGAAGAGAAGCCGAUCAAGACCAGCCCCGACUCGACUCUGUACUGUGCCGACUGCAAGAAGUUCUAUAAAACCAAGGUGGCUUUUUUGAACCAUCAGCGAUGGCACGAGAAAUCUGCCGACCCCACGAAAAGGUUCACGUGUGAAGAGUGUGGAAAGACAUUUGUGUUGCUUGAGAACUACUUCAGGCAUCAGCGGCGCCACGACAUCCCGGAGAAGUCCUUCCAGCAUCAGGUGUGCCAGCUGCAGAAGAAGCAGUUGGAAUGCUCUCACUGUGGGCUCAAGUUUUCCCGGGCCUCGGCUUUUCAGUCACAUCAGCUCCAGCACACAGUGGAUGUGGACCCGGAGCCCCUGAGCACGACGCCCGCCGCUCUGCUGUCUGUCGUCAGGGCCUUUAAAUUUGAAGAUCCUGCAAAGUCACAAGAGGAGAAGUGUCUCACCUCGAGCAGUGCGGUGGAAGCAGAUGCCGUCAUGGUGGAGUCUGACGAUGACCUGCAGAGCUACGACCCGGCUGACCUCAACGUGGAAGUGAUCAGUGCGAGUGACUCGGAGGACGAUGCGGCACAAGACCUGAACCCCGAUCUGGAGCUGCAGUGCGAGUCGGACCAGGAGGGGAAAGAAGGCUGCGAGGCACAUGCGCUGGCCUCAAAACAGGGGAUGGAUUUGAACAUCGUUCAGGUGGACUUCGAGCUGGCGAAGGAGCGUUGCAGCGAUGGCGCCGGAGCUGAGAGCGAGCCGUCAGCGGGAAGAUACGAAUGCCCAGAUUGUCACCGCUGCUUUGCACGUCAGGUCUCACUGCGUGUUCACAGAACUUGGCAUCGCAUGUACAAGAAACGAGGACAAACGCAAGGUCAGUCAGAGACAGACGACACACAUGACACCGCACACUGUAGUCUUGUAGAGCAACACUUAGAUGCCAACCUCAGCAGCGAUGUCAUCGACCGAGACCAGUUGGAAAGUCGGUCUUUGAUUUGCAACCUGUGUGGUAAAAUCUUCUCGCGUGUGUCUGCUUUGGUUGCCCAUCAACUGAAUCACCCCAAAAGAAAGCCCUACCAGUGCUCAGGUUGCAUGAUGUCUUAUUCUCACGAAGCGGCAUUGUUCAAACAUCUGUCCAGCUGCUCCGCUCGGCAGAGGGACGCCACGUUAGCCAACAAGAAAGAGUACAAUCCAACCAAAACACUUCUAGGCCCAAAGAUUUAUCAUUGUGAGGAGUGUGGAAAGGGUUUUUGGUCUCUGGGCGCGUACUCCCAUCACAAGCAGAACCCUAAACAGUGUGCCGACCUCAGGCUAAGAAAGGGGGUUUCAGGGUCUUUGUCUGUGAACGGCUCUCGCUCCAGCAUGAAUGUGGCGUGCCCGGUGUGUGGUAGAAAGUUCCGUCACCGGGGGAUCCUUUCCCUGCACAUGCGGAAGCACGAGACCGGGACGCACAAGUGCGAGCUCUGCGACAGGACUUUCCGCCUUUUUUCCAGCCUCCUCCGGCAUCAGGUCGUGCACAGCAGCCAGUUGCCGCCGCCCAUCAAGUCCUUCCAGCAUCAGGUAGAGCAGGUGAAGAAGAACACGUACAGCUGCCCCGACUGCGGGAAGCUCUUCUCCCGCGAGAAGGCGCUGCAGUUUCACAUGAAAAGCCACGGGUAUGAGACGGGGUAUUCGCCGUCAUCGCCCGGCUCCUCCGUCACACUGGAGGACCUUCAGUGCGGAACGUGUCAGACGCAUUUCAAAAGCAAGUCCUUAUUGCGGGCUCAUAGGAAGGUUUGCGUGAAGAGAAAACGAAAGGUCGUCGACGGUGCCGACUCUUUAAAAUCGCCCGACGUUAGCAUGGAUGCAGGUGCUGAGGAAAUCCCCCCAAAUCCAACUUUGCACUGUUACCUGCAAUAUAAACACACAGCUGCUAUGAAAUACAAGUGCAGUCAGUGCGACAAAAGCUUCCCCGUGGUCGGCGCUCUAAAUCUCCAUAAAAGAAUCCACGCCAGGACUCGCAAGUUUCUGGCCAAAGCAAAGGCGCCUUCCGUAGCGAGCCGCCCGGACGAGAGGCCACCGAGCGAGGGGUCGCUCCGCUGCCAGGAGUGUGGCAGGGCGUUCGUGACGAACACGGCACUCAGCUCCCACCAACGAUGGCAUGCAGAGAAGGCGCGCUCCAAGCUCGACUCCCAAACUGAUGCUAACAUGAAUUUGAAGAGAGGCGACGCGCUGGAGUCGUGUUUCUCAUGCCCACAGUGUGACCAACAAUUUGGGCAAAACUCCCUCUUAGUGGCUCACAUGGGAGAAUUCCACAGUAAAGCUGCAGAGCUGGAUCCUGAGAAGGGUGACGUGGACUCCACUCCGAAGGCGCACCAGUGUCCUUUCUGCUCAGCGAGCUUCGCCAAAGUUCGAGGUCUUCGUGCGCACAAGUGGCAGGCCCACGCGGCAGAACUGAAGAGCCUGAAAGAGAAGCCUCCGACGACGGCUCCACCUGAAGCCCUCGCUCAAAUGAUCGAAGCGGAAGUCGCUCCAGAUUCCUCCCCCGUCUGUGUUCCAGCGAAAGAGACCUCUGUUGUGGGAGAGAAACAAGAUGAAAAAGAGAAGUCCACCACGUCAGACCCUCCACCAGUGAAGUACGCCACCGGCCUGGACUCAAGGAAGCAGUCUGAGUUUGUUCAUGUCAACAACUUUGGCCUGGACUUCAUGUCCCAGGAGAACCAGCUUCCUGAAGCCACUUCAGGGGUGUCCUCUCCAACCAGUUGGGUUUCGGAACACACCGUCAAGUGCUUCUUCAAGUGUGCCAAUUGUGGGAAAGGCUUUCAGACUGAGGAGCAUCUGAGGACACACAAGGUCAAAGCCAAGAGCAAGCCACACUGCUGCGCCCUCUGCUGCCAGAGUUUUUGGACUGGAAACCAGCUCCAACAGCACCUUGCCUGGCACGACGAGGUCCGCUGCCGCCUGCCCAACGAAGUCCGCUUCCGGCUCAGCGCAGCCUUGUCCUCGUCAUCUAUCAAGCCCAGUGUGCUCAUGGGCGACAGGAAGGGCUGUCGAAAUGAACACAGCCAGAGGGCGCCGGAGAGUUCCUAGCACUGGGGCGACACCUGCCUCUGCUGGUCGCACGUCCUCACUGCAGUUUGAGGCACUGACAGGUGUGGAUGUUACGGAAGGACGUUUUUUGGACUGGAAGCUUCGGCUGAUGUCUGGAAAUAUGGUUUUGAGAUAAACUGAUGAUUCUCUCUCGGUGAGACAUUAAAACAUGAAUGAAAGAUACUAGUACUUGCUUUUACUUCGUCGCCCACUUUUCAUCGAAAUCCCAGGGUCUGGUUCCUGUGGCUGUGUAUUUAAGAUGCCUUGAAUGUUUUGGAUUUCCAAAUGGUCUGAAAAAACUCUGAGACUGGGCCCAUGUUGAGACAUGAGCGGUCGGAAUGGUAUGAGAGUGGUGGGUGUCACUUGUUAUAAGAAAAGGAAAAAAGCAUAAAAUGUCAUUCCUGCUUCUCAGUAUGGUUUAUCAGUUGCACUCACAAUGUACUUUGUUUUCAAUCCCCUGAACAACGAUGUAAAUACUUGUAGAUUUCUAAGAAGUUUACGGAAGAAAGUAGCGCUUGUGUUGGUGUAGAAUCCUCGGUAGCUGCUGCCCUCUGUGUUUAGUUGGAUGAUUUGAUAGAGAUUUGGAUUUGUUGCUUUUCUGAUGACCUUUACCCUCCGACAACCUGCUGUUCGACUCCCAAAGGGAAGCACUGGCUCAAAAGCUUGAAUAAAAUGCUGAAAGUGGCUGGUUUUGUGGCUUGAUUUAUCGACCUUUGUUCGACUAAAUAUAGCACGUGUCAGUUGGCUAUUGUUUCUGGCCUGCCCACAGUUCAGCCUCCAACACUGUUGUUUGUCUUUGCUUAGAUUUGUACACGAUAAUCCUCACACUGGGAACCCAUCUGAAAGAAGUACUGUCUGUGUUGGUGUUUAAAAAUGUGUUUGUAAUCUGCCUUUGUCCUUCUUU